ACCGCGGAUUUUUUGGUACAUCAUAUCCAUGCAUUUACGAUUCAUGUCACAGUUUUGAUACUCCUGAAAGGUGUUCUAUUUGCUCGUAGCUCCCGUUUGAUACCGGAUAAAGCAAAUCUUGGUUUUCUCGGACCUGGAAGAGGCGUUACAUGCCAAGUAUCGGCUUGGGAUCAUGUCUUCUUAGGACUAUUUUGGAUGUACAAUUCUAGUAUAAAUUGGAAAAUGCAAUCAGACGUUUGGGGCAGUAUAAGUGAUCAAGGAGUAGUAACUCAUAUCACGGGAGGAAACUUCGCGCGGAGUUCUAUUACUAUUAAUGGGUGGCGGAGGGAU